AUGGGGGGCUGGGCUUAUCAGAUGACAAAACCUCCUGUGUGUACAAAUUUUAAUCCAUUUAACCACUUGAAAAUCAAAAGUGGACGGUCAAAAAAGAUGCCAAACGUCACCAAAGUCGUGAGAAAUCGCCGAAUGGAAAAACUUCUCAUGGGAUAUCAACUAAAAGUCGUCACGCCUUUUCAUUACAUCCUCGUGGAACAAACGAAUUUUGUGUGAGAUCAGAUCAAUUCCGACUUCAAAUUCAUUGGGAGCAUCACUGAGUCAAGCAGUCGAGCGCGAGAAGUGAUCACUGGCGUAGAAUUGCUGAGUACUUUGUCGUCCACGUUUCGAUUACGCAGAAGCCUGUGUGGCAAAGUGGGAAUAAAGGUACGUAUGAUCGCGAAGGGCUCGUGAGAGAGAUAAGAGAAAAGGGAAAAUGCUUUCUUCCCUUCCUCGCGGAUCCUCGCGCGUCUCCCACGCAGUUUCAUGCGCGGGUGAAGGUCGCGCGCAAUCAACAUUGUUGAUUUGGCGUAGUCUUUUCUGAUCAACAGUGCUUCUAUUUUUAGCAGUAGUCUUGUUUUUUCGAUAGUUCUUGUUUGUAAUCAAUCGUGCCGAAAAUGUAAAAGUGAAAGUUAUUAAACAGUACUUUUCUGUACAUGUGAGCUGUUUGUUAUGCUGUACAAAACCCUAUAAUGUUUAAUAGCCAUCUGGAGCUUAGGUAUCAUCAGUAACGGUCACUUGGCUUUUAAAAGAAAUACUUUUCCCUUCUACACGGUAUACUACCUCUCGACAAUCUCACGCCAGUUCCAAAAUUCAUAGUAUAUCUGCAGACUGAUACAUCUGUGUAUCUGCUAAAAGGAAGCUAUAUUCAACAUUUGCUAUUUUUGUAUUCGGCAAAUUACUUAAGGAAGUCAACUACCCACUUUGCGGCCCUAAACGUAACAGGAUUGAAACCGAUACCUCAAAAUGAAGACCCCUAAGUUUUGAAAUGGAGGGAUGUGUCCGCUUAGUUGGACGUUUUCAGAUAGCUGUUCUUUUGUUGGUUCUCUUGCCUUCCGCGCUCGGUACUCGGUAAUAUCCAGUAGGGUCCCAGUACAAUCAAGGUGUAGUCUCCAUUCCAACGCCUCGAACAGAAAUCGACAGAGACUUGUGUUGUUCUUUUUUUUUUCAGUUUAACUUCAAUACUUGCUCAGUCUGAUUUUCCGGAUAUCCUUUGGUUUAGUCUAGUCUGUGUAGGUCUAAGUCGCACGCGAAUACAGGAGUUGCUAUUUUUUCUCAAGGUUUCUUUUUGUUUCAGUGAAAGGAAACAAUAGACUACAUAUAACAGGUCAACAUACUACGGAAACUCGGUACAGCUCACAUCCCAGCUUAGUAGUUUCAUUUGACUCAAGUGCGAAGUGGAUUAUUUUUAUCACUAUCAAGGAAAGACAAAGGAAGAAGGAAGCAGUACUGACAGCCUUUGAACUAAAGAUCUAG